GCACCACGAGCGCUCGUCCGUAUUGCAUUAGUAUUUAUUUAUGUAUCGUGCAGGUUCUGGUUCUGGCGGCGCCGCGGGUCGCGGGUGGCGGGGGGAACACUUACUACGUGAUUAAUCCGCGCCCCCGCCCGGCCCGCGUCCCUUGCCGCGGCCAGGCGUACUCGCGCCGGGUUUCCUCGUCCCCGCGUCUCAUGGCCACUCACUACGCACGGGGCUCCGCCGUAGUGCCGCCUGCCGAUGCCGACGCCAGUCGCGUCGCGACCUGCGCCGACAACGGACGCUCCGCGUAAAUAUUUCAACUGUAUGAUAUCAUUCAUGCUAAUCUCCGCUCGUUGAUUUUCCUGCCCAGUGACCGCAGUGAAACCCGCGUCGCCGCGAGUGCCGAAUGUUAGUAGACGUCACCGGUGUAUUUUUCCGUCGGGAACUAAACCUGUUUGGAGUGACCGGCGACUAGUGAACGUUGCUGUGACCCGUGGCCUGCGAUGCUGCGCCCGUGACCGUCUUGCGACAGUGCCACGAAACCGCGUCCGAUGAUCUCGGCGAGACUCCCCGGCGAGGCGCUGGCCCAGCUGGGGCAGCUCGGGCCGCUGGGGCUGUACCCGCCGCCACCGCCGGCCGGCAUGACGCCCGAGUUCCUCGCGCCGCCGCCCCGGCCCUACGCGCGCUACGCGCAGCGCCGCCCGCGCGACAUGCCCGCGCCCCCCAACCCCCAAUCUCCCUCGUUUCCUAGCUAUCCGACCUUCCUCCCGCAUCCGUCGUACGCGUACAACCUGUACCGGGCGGGCCCUCGGGCGCCGCAGUCGCCGGCCAACUACCCCCUGCACCGGCCCACGUCGGGCUUCGUGCCGCCGGCUCCGGCGUCCCAUUCACCACCAGUGUCUGCGCCGGCGCCUUUACCUCCUGUCCACAGAGACGAACCUCCAAUUUCACCCGAGCGCGGCGCGCCCGCGGCAUACUUCUGCCGUGGUGCCCUCAUUCGACUCGAGGAUGGUUCGCUUCGGCGCGUCGAAGAGAUGAGGACAGAAGACUUUGUGAUGAGCGCAGAGCACAGUGGUGACCUGGCGUUGACUCAAUGCACGCUGCUACGGCUUGACGAGCGGGGCGACCGGCUCGCGCUCACGCUGACGUACGAUAGGAACCGGGCACAGGUGGAGCUGGACUCGACCGUAGACCACCCGUUCUUCGUGUACGGGCGUGGCUGGGCGUCCUGCAAGCCGGAGCGCACGCUGGCGCGGUACGGGUUGCACGUCCAACGACUGCAAGUAGGAGAUGUGUGCGUGUCUCUAGUCGCCAGGAAGCACGCCUCCGCGUCUCUCCCCCCGCACCCCUCCUCCGCGCCUCCUCAGACGCACCCGGAGAACCUCAGCGUUAAGGAAGACGCUCGCAAGCGGCGGUGGUCCGCUUCAGACGUGCUCGAAGACGACCGCCCCCUUCCAAAGAAACGCUGAAGCGUCGUGAUCGUCCUAAAACUAUCGUUUAGUUCGUUUCUUCCCAUAGUUGACGCGGAUUUUGAGCUGAAUUAGUGAUCGAACGCUUCAUCUUCCUGCUAUCUAACGAAAUCAGCUUCGCAAUAUUCUCACGUGGAUAGUGACAAUAACCCAGUGAGUGAGUCGCGUGCCCGUGCGGCCGCGGCCUUCCGCUGUACUAUCGGGAACUUUAGGUGCUUUUUACUGUCGGGUGCUUCUGUCGCAUAUGUGUACGUACGACAAUGUAAAUAUGUAUGUAAUUAUGAUAUUUAGAUCAAAGUUCAAUGUUACACUCCAUGACUAACUAAAUGUAUCACAAAUAUGUGACCGAACGUUUGCGCGAUGCGUAGGAGAGCAUAUAAAAAUAUUUUUGCACAUAUAUAGAUACCGAAACAAAUCAAAUCAUUAAUCUGUUUUUUUAGUUUAAAAUUAUAGUGAUGAGAACCGAAAAACUUAAUGAGCACAAAAAUAACAAUGUGUAUGUUUCUACCAGAUCUUAUAGUAGGUUAGAUUUUGUGAUAAACAAUGAGAUUUUCAAUCGCCAGUCCGUCGAGACGGCAUUGCAUAUUAUGUUAAACAAAGGUACAAUGAAUGUUUGGUAGGGUUAGCUAUGGGCUUACGUUCUAAAUGAGGAAGGGUUUCCUUGCCUUUUCACCGUUAAGUGAGGCUGCUUUUCCACCAGAUAGGUGGUUAAUGUUAAAGGCUAAACGAGAUCAAAACUAAACUACAGAAAUAUGGCUAAGCUAGGCAUUAAGUCCGCCUUUUGUACAAUUUUAUAUCGUGCAAUAAAGUUUAAAUAAAUAAAUAUGACUCAAUUACGGUAUUGACCAGAGCUAAACGGCAUAACAGAGCGGGUAAAUGCGUAUAACUCGCUUCCAGGCUCUCAUCCGUAGCUCGCAAUCCUUCACAAAAGACAUGUUCGUUCGACAUCAAACUUCGUUGAUUAAUUAGAAACACAGCUAGUCUGUAGACAUCUCUGGUAGAAAAGCCGUCUGAGUCAGGCGGGGAAGACGUAGCCCACUCCCAUGGUUGUGACAGACAUAUCCCGGCUCGCGAAACAAACAACCAAACAAACCCUGCUACAAACUUUCCCUAUUGGCUGUAGUAAGGACCGAACUUGGAGGUGGUGGCAAAUUUAUCUGACAAAUAAUUUGAUCGUAUUAUACAUUAUAAUAUCUAUUCUAAAAAUAAAAUAUAUAUGUACCUAUAUUAUGACGUUAAAUGUCAUCUCUAUUGUUUUUAGACGUCCAUGUGUAAUACACAUAACUUUUCUAUGAGAAGAUUGUUGUAUACAUAAUAAACACACAGUCUGUGAUAUUUUGUAGUUAUUGGUCAGAGUAGAUAUGAAGUAUUGCUUGAAUAAAGGAUAUAUGUUUAAGAGUACUAAGUGCGUAAUCGGUAAGGAGCUAUAUAGAUGUCGUAUACUCAAAAAUUUCGCUGGAGGAAACAAACAAAAUACAUAAACAAGUAGAGUCUGUGAUUUUAUACAUAUGUAUAUCGUUAUACCAAAUAACGACAAAUGCAAAGGCCAUAUCAAAAUCCAAUUAAUUUUAAAUAUUAUUAAGUGAAUAUUUACCGUUCUUCAUUUGGUAUAUUUUUAUUUGCAUAAUAUAAAUAGUAGAGUUUCACAUGGAUUUCCAACCGAAUACACGUAUUAUACGUACUUAGGUAUAAUGUUGAGUGUAAUGAUAUGGGUACAAGGAUGUUUGCCAUGCUAGGCGGGCCUGGCCCGCGGGACACGGGGUAGUUGUUUCAUUGUACCGUAAAUGUUACGUGCUUGUUAAUUGUAUGUUAAUUAUUAGUGGCCGGCCCGGCACCGCGCCCGGACACGGCCGGCGGAGCGUAGAUAAAGAGCUAAUAAUUUGUUGUAUAAUGUAUGUAAUUCUAGUUUUAUCAUGUUUAUUAUUAUAUUUUGUAAUUGUAAUGAAAGAUCUCAUUUUAUUAAUCGGUAUUUUCUAACAAGGCGCUUCAUUAGAUCAUGACUAAGCCUACCUCACAAACUUGAGACCGGGCGGCGCGCGCCGCGGCUGGUCGCCAACAAGAUCUCAAUUUGAUGAAAAUAAACUUAUAAAAAGACUGGGACGCUUUACUGAAUGUUGUGGGAUAGUAGUUUCUUUGAAGAUAUUACUUAAAUUAUGAUAUAGGAAGGAGCAUUUAUUUAGUGAACGGGCGCUCCGGGCGCUCCCGGCGCGACGCGCUGCGCUCCUCUUCCAAGCAAGCAAGUCGCUCGCUCGACUCGAUUAGUACAAAAAGUAUUAUUUCUCAAAAUUUUCAAUUCAGAAAGUAUUAACUUAAUUUCAAUGAAGGGUGCUAUACGAAAUGUUUUCGUUGACGUGUCAAGCACAAUACAUACUUAGGACACUAAUGUCCCGAUAUUUGCAAUAUUUUGGGUAUAAAUUGGCAGAAUCAAAGUUCUUCCAAGACUAAAAAUUUAUUGAAAUGUAGGUAACAGUUUAUAUUCCAAACCAGCUUCAGAGUUUUGUUCCCUUGAACUACUAACGUAUGUUCUAUGUAUUAUAACAGUUGCAAGCCAAUGUAAAUUAGAUAUACAAAAUCGAUUUUAACUAUUAUAUUUACAAUCAAUAAUUACUUCAUAUGGAGUAGUUAUCACAACAUUUAUAAAACCAUUGCUGUCAAGAAAGUUAUAUUUUUCCAUCAACUUACAUUAUGAUCAGACAAUACCUAUCCAAAUACUAUAUUUGUAAGUGAGAAACAAUAAUAUAUAUGAGGUAAUCACACUUGAGCAAAAUUACUUGAUUUCUUUGCACCAUGUUUCCAAAUAAUAAUAAAAAAUAAUUAUUGACGAUAGCGUUAAGGCAAGUUUACACAGUCUACGAUUAAGUGUAAACGAGCCCUAAGCUGGUUGAAGCAGGUCUCAGUUAUUUCUGCUCAACUGAUCGUCUCAUUUUUGUAAACACGAACAAAGUUUCUGCAUUACGCAAUGAAUAGCAAAGCACUUUUUUCAACACAUCAAUAAAAAAUCUAGUGAGCUAACAGAAACUUUGGUCCUGUAUAAUUGAAUACGUUAUUAUGUCACGAGUGUUCUUAAUGUUACGCGUGGCAAGGCCAGGAAAUUAUAUAUUAUAUUCAUCGUUAAGUUUAUUUCCGUUUUAUUUCUUUAAAAUUCGCUUGUCGACAAUAAGAUACAUAUAUACCUAAUCAUUCUUUCUAAUUCCAACGUACAGAUAUGAUCACUAUUCUUGUGGUCGAGUGAUCUUUGUAUGAGUGUUCAAACGUAGAGACCGACUAUCGGCACAUUGAUAGAAAUAAAACGUAGAAAUAAUUGCAAUUAUCUCUUUCCAUCUAGACGCUGUAACAAGUCAUUGAUUCAAGUGUGUGACAGAGAUAUAAUUAUUUUAUAAGUACACGAAUGACUCGACCUGCGUUGCAUAGUGACAAUAGAUAUCAUACUUAGAGUGCAGUGUUUCGUCGUUGCCAACAGAAUUAACGGGCAUUAUUCCAUACGCUAUGCUGACUAUAUGACCUUCUCAUAUCGGUAUAUCGAGUCACAUUUUAACCUUUAACCAAAAAGAACCCUCGGUGGGCGAGUCCGACUCGCACUUGUCCGGUUUUUUUUACUUAUAAAUAUAUGUAUAUUGCAAUUUAUAAAUAUAUUUUAGCGUGAGAACACUGGGGGCCUAGCCAAAAUGACAAUCGUUUGCGCUACGACAACGAUUGACAUCUUGACUAGGCCCCCUGGUCAGCAAUACCGAUUCGGGAGAUAGGAGUUUGAGCGUGUCGAAUAGAAGCCCAUGAUUUCCACAGUUUGUAGACCUUCCCAACUAACCAAGUACUUCCAACACAAGAUUGUGCCAUCUUACAGAUUUCUUAUUAUAUUCAACUGUUUUGGUCAAGAUAACGAAUUCCCAAUAAAGGAAUACCUGUCUAUAUACGUUAUCUAUUUCCAUGAUUAAAAUAUUCUUAAUUAUUGGUUAAAAUCGACAUGAUAUCCAACUUAACCUCAAACAGGUUUUGAUAGUGUUAAGCUGUGAAAUAACAACUUUGAUAGAUACUAGGUGAUUUUAGGGUCGUGAUCCUGAAUGUCAAUAAUGUGUUAAGAUGGUCAUAUCAUAAUAAAAAAACUUCCCCAUGGGGCUAACCAGAAAAUCACGAAAUUAAAUCUAAAGUACACCAUUGACGGCCCGAAACAGACGAAACGUUUGGGCCCAGGAGUAGGUAUAUUUUUUUCACGAUUUUCAUAUAGGUCUUAUAUGUAUAUCUUAAUACAUUUUUGACACUGGAUCACGGCCCUAAAAUCAUCCAGUAUAUUUGUUACAAAAUCACCUAUCAUGAGAAGCUUCUUAAUAUAUCUAUAAUAGAAAUACAGAUAGAUGCUUUUACUGGAGAAGUUGUGUCAUUUAUGUAAUAGAAAAAUAAAUAUAAAAUUGUUAUAUAAUUAUAUGAUGAAUGGCAAAAUAUAUAUGUAUAUUUUAUUGUAUAGCGGAGUGAGUACUAUUUCAGAUUAUGUAAAUGGAAAAUGUUAUAGACCGAGAUGUGUUAAAAUAGGUUAACUGUUUGUAAAAAGAAGAGAAAAUAUGUAUAACUGAAUAUUUGCUACAA